AGAGAUCAGUCAACAAUUGGUUGUCGACGGGUUCGCAUCGUGUCGUAUUGCAGCUCAAAUUAAAGAUGAGUUCAUUGCAGUCACCGGCAAUACCCGACUGGGUUAAUCAACAACUUUUUCAAGGUUUAAUCAAAGAGCAUUAUUCCAAUCUUCUAGCGAUUGAAAAAUUUACAUCCAAGGCCGCCAUCAGCAUGGGGGAGAACUAUCUAACAAUUGUACUUCGAAUACAAAUUGAAAUGCAAAUGAAAGAUGAAACCAAGAAGGACGUAAACUAUAUAUUAAAGAUUCCCCUUGUCAAUGAUCGUGGUGACGAUCAUGAGUUUCACGACUUAUUCGUCUCAGAAUUGGAUAUGUACGAUCGUCUGGUGCCCGAAUUGGAGAGUAUCUAUGCUAAGAAUACUUCACUCUUGGUUAAAUUUAAGCCAUUGCAUUACAAAUUUACGGACAAGGAAAUGUUGCCCAAAUGUGAUUAUCUACUCAUGGAGGACUUACGUGCGGGUGGAUAUAAAAACGUGGAUCGUACUGUGGGACUGAAUCAAAGGGAGAUGGAGGCGGUUCUAAAAAAAUUGGCUCAGUGGCACUCGGCUUCGGCUGUAAGAGUUAGCCAGUUGGGCGAUUAUGAAGAGGCUUAUAAAGUCAGUUACUUUUCGGAGGAGCAUAUCAAAUUUAUUGACGGAAUGAACAUAAGUUUUUGUGUGCCCUUCUUGGAAUGUAUGCAGCAGGCAUAUGGCUUAGAUCCAGGAGAACAAAUUUUAAUAAGUAAUUAUAUGUCACGCCUCACCGAUUUAUAUAUGGAUUUCGGCAGAAUCAAUCCCGCUGAGCUUAAUGUUCUCAAUCAUGGCGAUUUUUGGUGUAAUAAUUUCAUGUUUAAGCUCCAUGAGGAAUCAAAUGAAAUAUUGGAUGUUUGCUUUGUGGACUAUCAGCUACCAAAAUAUGGAACACCCGCUCAAGAUUUGUUUUGUUUAUUGAUGACGUCACCGCAGCUUGGUAUAAAACUAAGUAAUUUUGAUUACUUUGUGGAGUUUUACCAUCAAGAACUUACCAAACAUCUUGUUUUACUUCAUUACAAUCGAAAUGUUCCAACUUUACAGCAAUUGCAACAGAAUCUCUUUGAAAAUAGUCUCUGGGCAUUUCUAUGCGCUCAGCGUAUGCUUCCCAUUGUUUUGCUGCCAGCCGAUGUUGAUUCGCAUAUUGGCAACUUUAUGGGUGAAACGGAGGAGGCUGUGGCAUUCAAGCGUAAAACUUUCCUCUCGCCUGCCUAUGUGGAACAAAUAAAGCUAAUAUUACCUUGGCUUAUUGCAAGAUCUUAUAUAAGAUAAAAAUGCAGUACACGUAACGAAAGAGCUGAGUAUUAUAACAAAAUAAUAAUUUUAUAUAUGAUGGGAUAAUUAUACAACGAACAAUUUGUGUAUAAGUGGAAUUUUUUUUUUUAUAAUUCGUGUAGGCAAAUAAUAAAAGUUUC